AUGCCAACUGAUGCUUUGUACUUGUACAAAAGGUGGUCAGCAGACAAUGGAACCGUUGAAAGUUUGAAAGGAAUCGGUGCUUCCCCUAAAUGCACAUCUGAUGUUCAGGAACUGCAAUGUGUUGCUGUUUACUGCUCCAAAGAUGAGAAAUAUCUGGUCACGGAAUACACUAAAGCCGACUGUGAGAACACCACAAAACACUGGUAAGCAACGUGGGAUGGAACGGGGUUAUAAUCGCGAGCAUCGUCAUUAUCAUUACCGUUAUCAUCAACAUUACCAUCAUUAUCACCACCAUCAUCAUGAUCAUUGUCAUCAUCAUUACCUUCACCAUACCACCAUCAUUAUCACCAUGUACCACCAUCAUCAUCAUCAUUACCUCGCGUUUCAAGUUAGAAUUGUAUAAUGCAGUGAACCAAUCAUACUCUGAAUCAAUAGGUUUUGAAAUUAGCCUCUAUUUCACCAACCUCGCCUCGUACCCAGGCUAUUUUCUCUUGUGCUCGGUGCACGGCCAAAAAGACCCUGGGUACGAGGAUGCUAUUUCUCCUAUUUCCCAUAUAUGUCCAAUAUGGCCAUCGGUUGUCAGGUGGUGAAGAUGGUGUAAGAUGGUGUCAGAUGCUUUGUUUUUCAGAUGCUUGAGUGUGGUGUCGGACGGUGUAGGAUGGUUCAGCUGAACAGCUGUUGUCAGGUGGUGAAGAUGGUGUCAUAACCACACUACACCAUCAUACACCAUCUGACACACUUCGACCAUCAUACACCAUCUGUACCAUCUUCACCAUCUGACAACCCUUCCCUGUAUAACCUCCCUACACCAUCUGACAAUCAUCUGACAAUCAUCUGACAACCAUCUGACACACUUCGACUGUUACGGACAUACCGCACAAGAUAUUAUAGUCUUCAAAAUUUUAAUGUUCAAUGUAAAAAACACGCUUACAAACGGCGGUUUAUAAAAUUAUUGACCACGCUCUCAACCAUAAUAUCUCCGUCUCUGUUGAGUGAUCACACUUUACUUUAUAUGAGCUAUAUUUACAUAAAUUUGAAAGUUUAAAUUAAAACUAUCACGACAAUUAACCUAAUCCCGAAUGCGUAUUGUCUACUAUGCAUGCAUGAACUACAUAAAUCCAUAAGGUCAUUAUUGUCCUUAUCAUCGACCAUCAUACACCACCAUACACCAUCGUCAUUAUCAGACAUCAAAUGCCUGUAUUGGACAUUACUCCUAUUUCUUCCCUCGGUGGGCCUGCACGCGGGCUAAUUAGCCUCGGAUUGAUAGGCAUAAAAUUACCUGAAAAUACAAGAACUUUAUAAACUUCGACGUUUCAAGCGAAGGUUCUUUGUCUGGCGACGAAGAACCGAAGUUCUUGUGUUUUUCAUGUUGUUGAAUCCUUAUCAACCCGAAGCUUUCUUAUUUAUUGACACUAUUGUUCAUUGUGUUUGUAGUCUUAUUGAUCCCAUCGAAGCAUUAAUAAAGGCAGCCCCGUUCCUUGAAACGCAACUCCGUCCUUCCAUAGAAAAUCUUGAAGAAACAUGCGCGGUUUAUCCAGCUGGUUCCAAUGUUUAUGAUGGUUCUGGCACCAAUGGUUCUGGCAACAUUCAGCUGGUUGAUUGCGUUGUAUUGCUAUUCAGCUUCAUUGUUGUGAAACUGUUUGCCUGA